AUGCCCGAGCCGCAGCGCUACGCGGUCUUGGCGCUCGGAAGCAUCCUCGGCAACAGCACGUACCACGACAAGUGUCUCGGCAUCUUGUCGCCGCUCGUGCAGGCGCUGAGUUCCCGGCGCGCGCUCGAGACGCGGUUCUAUGCGACAUUUGCUCUUGGAAAGCUCGCCAUGAACGCGACGCACCAGCGACCCAUCGCGCGGACCGACCCAGCGGUCGACGCCACGCUCGCGUUGAUGACGCAAGGCGAGAGCAUACACGCCCAGUACCAUGCCGUGUCGGCCAUGUCGAUUGCGCGGACGCCGUGCUUGCUUCUCGCGCUUGCCGUCGCCGCCAGUGCGGCUUUUCACGUCGCGUACAUUGAACUGGAUCGCGAACUCGCGGCGCUUUCGUGCAGCUGGACGUUAAGCGACGCGCACAAGCUGCCGACGGCGACGUCGCCGCUGCCCCACCUUUGCCUCGGGCGACAUUGA